AACUGCAAUACUGACAAGUCAUUAUGCCAGAAAAUCCUGCAGCAGACAAGCUGCAGGUGCUACAGAUCCUGGAAAGUCUGCAAAGAAAGCUACAUGAGAAUGGAGACACUUCACAGGCUGAGAAGCUGACUGUUCUGUACAAUACACUCAAGAGCCCCUUAUUCAAUCAGAUUCUGACUCUUCAGCAGUCAAUCAAGCAACUGAAAGAACAACUCAGUUAUAUGCCUCCAGAUCGUUCAGUGGAUUUUGACUUUACUAAGAGAGGUUUUUUGGCGUUUGAUGCUGACCACCGUUCUAUUGAUACUGGUAAUCUUUAUGUGACUUACAACAAUAAUAAUUUACCAGUAUCCAAGAUGCCUCCUCUGAUGCCCAAAUUUGCAGUGGACGAGUUUAAUUUAGCAAUCCAAAGAAUGGCCAAGGGCCGGCAAAUAGAAUACAUAGAUAUUGAAAAGCCACUUAGUGGAGGUCUUGGAUUUAGUGUUAUUACCUUUAAAAACCAAAGCACUGGAGAAGUUGGUAUCUUUGUCAAGGAAGUUCAACCAGGAAGCAUAGCAGCAAGGGACCAAAGGUUAAAGGAAAAUGAGAUACUGGCCAUUAAUCAUACUCCACUGGACCAGAAUAUAUCCCAUCAACAAGCGAUUGUGUUGCUCCAACAGUUCUUGGGUUCCUUAAAUUUGGUUGUGGCCAGAGAGCCAACCCAAAGAAGCAGUAGGACCUCAUCUGCCUUCAGUGACAAUAAUUUGCCUGAAAUGAUCAAAUGGGGUCAUAUUGAAGAUGUUGAACUUGUUAAUGAUGGCUCAGGAUUAGGCUUUGGAAUAGUAGGCGGGAAAUCAAUUGGUGUAGUGGUACGGACUAUUGUUCCUGGUGGACUGGCAGAUAAGGAUGGGAGACUCCGAACCGGUGAUCAUAUCUUGGAAAUCGGAGGCACUAAUGUACAAGGAAUGAGCAGUGAGCAGGUUGCUCAAGUGCUGAGGAAUUGUGGGAACUAUGUUAGGAUGGUUGUUGCAAGAGAUCCAGUGUGUGAAAUAACUGUGACACCACCAACCCCUUUGGCUCAGCCUGUUGGAAUGUUGACCCCUUUUCAGGACAGAUGUUUUGACACAGAAAAUGAAAUUCAGGAGGUUCAGCUGGUGAAAAAGGAUGGACAAAGUCUGGGAAUAACAAUUGUUGGCUAUACAGGAGUUACUGACAAAGUGGAUUCUUCUGGGAUUUUUGUCAAAAAUAUAGUACCUGGCAGUGCUGCAGAACACAGUGGUCAGAUAAAAGUCCAUGACAAAAUUAUUGCUGUUGAUGGGAUUAGCAUUCAGAAUUAUACUAACCAAGAAGUUGUGGAGGCAUUGCGUAAUACAGGACCAAGUGUUCACCUGACAUUGCUUCGAAAGAAACAGUGUUAUACUGAUUUCCUUUCAGAAAGAAGUUUAAACAGAGUGCAGUCAAAUGCGCCAGCCAUUUUCCUGUCUGGAGUUGUGGAAACUGAAACUAACUUAGAUAGUGAAAGUGAGGAAGCUCAAGAUCAAAAUGAUAAGUCUGAAAAUGAAAAUCAGCAAAAACUACAUUCAGUGGGUGAGAGCUCAGAAUCACCAGAAGAUAAAUUGAAAUCUAAGUGGCAAAAAGUGCUGGGACCUGACUUCGGAGUUAUGGUUUCCACUGUGGACAUGCCAAAUGCAGAUGAUACUGAGCUACAGAAAUAUUCAAAGCUGCUGCCUAUUCACACAUUGAGGCUAGGAGUUGAACUUGAUACAUAUGAAGGACAUCAUUACAUAUCAUCAAUUGCUACUGAUGGUCCAGUUGCUAAGCUUGGUGUACUGCAGCUGGAGGAUGAACUUUUAGAGGUAAAUGGUGUUCAGCUUUAUGGAAAAUCCCGUCGUGAAGCAGUUUCCUUUCUUAGGGAAGUGCCACCUCCAUUUACUUUGGUUUGUUGUCGACGCCUGUUUGAUGAUGGCACAGAGUCCUUUGUGGAUGAACCUGCAUCCAUUACUACUUGCUCACCAGAACCUAAGAUGAAAUCUAAAGAUUUUGGCCCAGAGGAAGAAGAGGAGGAGGAUGCAGAGCUUGCACUAUGGUCUUCUGAAAUCAAAGUUAUUGAUCUUGUGAAAGACACUAAAAUGGGCUUAGGCUUCAGCAUAUUGGACUAUCAGGAUCCCUUAGAUCCAACACAGACAGCCAUUGUGAUCAGCUCCCUAGUGCCAAAUGGAGUGGCUGAGUGUGGGGGUGAACUUUUCCCUGGUGAUCGUCUGGUCUUUGUAAAUGAAAAAAGUUUGUACAAUACCACUCUUCCAGAAGCUGUAGAAGUGCUGAAAUCUGCACCUCCAGGGAAUGUUCGUCUUGGAAUCUGUAAACCUUUGCUGGGAGAAAAUAGACAGUGUACAGCUUCUUGUAUUAUGGAUCCAAAGAGUAUUUCCAGGAAUUCUGUAUCUCCAGCACCAAUCAAUAAUACUGAAUCAUCAAUACUCCUUGAGGCUCCAAAGGACUUCAGAGAUGUAUCUUUCUCUAAAGAAGAACUCAUUGAUGAACCAGUCCUGGAUUUGGGGAUACAAUUUCAGCUAUCUCAAAAUGAGACAGAUGUUGACAAGGAGGCAUGGGAAAUGCAUGAGUUUUUGAAGCCUCUAGUGAAGGAUCUUGGUGAAGAACGAGAGAUGCUAGUGGAUGAAGAGUAUUAUGUAGACCAAAAUUAUUACGAUUGUGUGCCUUCAGAUAUAAAAGAGCUUGCUCCAUCUACUGAGGUGGACUUUGAUACUGCAGGGCAAUGUGCAAAAGAACUAGAAUUUAUUAAAAUGCCAGGAUUGAGUCCCGUGAUGGAUAUUAGAACUGAAAAGGCACAGCAUUGCAUAUCUAUAAGAGAGAACCAGCUUGAAGAAAACACAAACAGCAGUUCACUACUCCAUGGAGCCUCAACAAAACACAACCAGCCAAGCAGUAUGCUGGGUGCUCAGGAAAUGAAUACCGAGACACAGAGUGACCAUAAAGAUCCUCUAUGCAUCAACUCUGAUUGCAAAAUUGCUGAAAAAAGUAAACCGAAGUCUGAAGACUGUGACUUUUCCAGCAGCCAGAAUUCUGCUCUGUCUAGAGGGCUGUCUAGUGAAUUGCCUGAAAGAGAAGAGGGCGAAGGGGAAGAAACUCCAGUAUUCAGCCACUGGGGACCACCACAGAUUGUUGAAAUUUUCCGCGACCUUCAUGUGCCCCUUGGCAUCAGUAUUGUUGGAGGACAUACAGUUAUAAAGCGCCUAAAGAAUGGAGAACAGCUUAAAGGUAUAUUUAUCAAGCAAGUAUUGGAAGACAGCCCAGCAGGAAGAACAAAAGCUCUCAAAACUGGUGAUAAAAUACUUGAAGUAUCUGGAAUGGAUCUACAAAAUGCUACUCAUGAGGAAGCAGUGGAAGCUAUAAAAAAUGCAGGCAAUCCCAUUGUGUUUGUUGUUCAGAGUUUGUCUACUCUUCCUAGGAUAGUUUCUGUAAUAAACCCUAAGAAAAACAAAGAUCACAGUGAUGAAGACAUAGCUGGAGAAACUGAAAAGAAGAAAAGCGGAGCGCCACCACCCAUGAAAUUACCACCUCCUUACAAAGAACCAGAAAAGUCCAGCUCUGAGGAGACAGAGGAGGAACAAGAGGACUUUUAUACAGAGGAGAAAAUCAGGCAAAGAUAUGCAGAUCUGCCAGGGGAGUUGCACAUUAUUGAGCUUGAAAAGGAUAAAAAUGGUCUUGGGCUCAGUCUUGCUGGCAACAAAGACAGGUCUCACAUGAGCAUCUUUAUUGUGGGCAUCAGCCCAGAUGGCCCUGCAGGAAAAGAUGGAAGAAUGCACAUUGGAGAUGAACUUCUAGAGAUAAAUAACCAGAUCUUGUAUGGGAGAAGUCACCAAAAUGCUUCUGCAAUAAUUAAGACUGCCCCAUCAAAAGUCAAACUGGUAUUCAUACGCAAUGAUGAUGCAUUUAACCAGAUGGCUGUUGCUCCUUUCCCAUUACCCUCUAGCUCUCAGUCUUCCAUUGAGGAUCAUAGUGCCACUGAAUCUACAAGUGGUGAAGAAGAUUUGGACUUUCUCAUGAAAGGCUCAACAGAUGAUGUGUACACAAAACUAAAUGUUGGUAAUAAGGCUGAAAAAGAUAUUAUGGAGAAUCAGCAAGUCCUGUCAGAACAACCAGAAAAUCUCCGUAACCAAUUAAAGGAAACCAAGUUUUCAGCAGUAAUCCCCAUCAGUUUACAUGAGAUAUCUUUGACACCUGCAUCAUCAUUUUCUCCAGAGACAAAGCUCAGCCAAAGCAGCUUUCCAACUCCUUUGGUACUGCUGGAUCCAGCAACAUGUCCAAUAGUUCCUGGCCAAGAAAUGACUAUAGAAAUAUCUAAGGGACGAUCAGGACUUGGCCUCAGCAUUGUAGGAGGGAAAGAUACGCCACUUGAUGCUAUUGUUAUCCAUGAAGUUUAUGAUGAAGGAGCAGCUGCUAGAGAUGGUCGACUCUGGGCUGGAGAUCAAAUUUUUGAGGUUAAUGGCAUCGACUUGAGGAAUGCUAGUCAUGAAGAAGCUAUCACAGCCUUGAGACAGACUCCUCAGAAAGUGCAACUGGUUGUUUACAGAGAUGAAGCUCAUUAUAAGGAUGAAGAGAAUUUGGAGAUUUUCCAUAUAGAGCUACAAAGGAAAAUGGGUAGAGGAUUAGGGCUAAGCAUUGUUGGCAAACGAAAUGGAAGUGGAGUAUUCAUCUCUGAUAUCGUCAAAGGAGGAGCUGCAGACCUUGAUGGGAGACUAAUUCAAGGGGACCAGAUCUUGUCUGUCAAUGGGGAGGAUGUAAGACAUACUUCACAAGAGGUUGUUGCCACUAUCCUCAAGUGUGCUCAAGGGCUUGUGCAGCUAGAGAUUGGACGACUUAGAGCUGGAUCUUGGCUGUCUUCACGGAAAACAUCUCAAAACAGCCAGAUAGGCCAACACACCAUUCAUGGUCACUUUCACCCUACAUUUGCUCCAGUUAUCGCCACCUUACAGAAUUUUGUCAGUGCUAAAAGAUCAUCUGCUGAUUCCUCUCAUAAAAACUCAGUUGGAGCAGAUAUGGGUCCAAGGACUGUGGAGAUCACAAGGGGGCUGAAUGAUGCUCUAGGUAUUAGUAUAGCUGGUGGCAAAGGGAGCCCAUUGGGAAAUAUUCCAAUUUUUAUUGCUAUGAUUCAAGCCAGUGGAGUAGCAGCACGUACACACAAACUCAAAGUUGGAGAUCGGAUUGUCAGUAUUAAUGGGCAGCCUUCGGAUGGGCUGUCUCAUGCUGAUGCGGUUAAUCUACUGAAGAAUGCUUAUGGGAGCAUUAUCCUGCAGGUCGUUGCUGAUACUAACAUCAGUUCCAUAGCCAGCCAGCUAGAGAAUAUGACCACUGGUACUAAUCUGAGCCCACCUACCAAACAUCAUCCUGAGGAUCUAGAAGCACCUCAGCCUAAAAUUAUUGUGUUGGAGAAAGGCUCAGAUGGAUUGGGAUUUAGUAUUGUAGGAGGCUACGGAAGCCCCCAUGGAGACCUCCCCAUUUAUGUCAAGACCAUUUUUGCAAAGGGAGCAGCUGCAGAUGAUGGCAGGUUGAAGCGUGGUGAUCAGAUUUUAGCUGUUAAUGGACAGUCUCUGGAAGGCGUGACUCAUGAGCAAGCUGUAGCUAUUCUGAAGCACCAAAAAGGGACUGUAACACUAACUGUGUUGUCAUGAGCUUUGCUGCAAAUGCAGUCUGGGCUGGGUGCAAUUGUUUCUGAGCAUUGCUAGAGCUGCUAUAAAAUGGUACACAGACCUUAGUGAGAUGAAAACUCAACACCAGCUAAAAUUAGUGCACAUUAAUCCUGUUGCCUGUGAGAUUUUCAUUCUUUAUAGAGGUUCAUUUUGUCUGGUCACUGACAAUAAUUGUGAAUCAUUCUCUCUACUAGUGCUUCCUUGAAUGUUCAUCAUCUCUGCAAAGUUGUUCCUGCUCUACUGAUAAUGACCAUCUACCAAUAGGAAGUAUAAUCACUGAAACUAGAAUUCACACAUCCACAAAAAGGGAUUUAGCUCAUUGUUGGAUCCCAUCCAAUGGAAAAAAAAUAAAUGCUGAGUGAAUUUUCAUCUCAUUCAUGGUUUGCUUAUGCUAAUUGUCUUUUCAACUAUGCCAGAAAACAUUAAAAUUGAAUUAAAUAACUGCCAUUCCAAAUGAUGAACUAUCACAUUCUCCUGUGGAAAAUUGUGUAUCAAGUUCUAAUGAUGAAACGCCUGCUUCCCUGACUAAUCUUCCUAGGGUAGAUGUGCAUAUGUUACUGAUAAUAAUAAGUCAGUUUUCAGCCUCUCCUCAGUUUGCGUUGGUCAUGUUUCAAGUGCUCUGGCUCCCUCAAAUUCUUUUGAUCAAUUGACAAGAACUUCAUGAAAAGCAUAUCUUAAGGAAGCUAGAUAGGUGAUAAAAGUACUUUGCAGAAUCUGAAGCUUUACUCUCUGGAGGCUGCAGAAAGCAUCUAAGGCUAGUCAUUAUUAAUUAUAAUGAUAAUACAGCAACAAAAGAGUAAAGGCAACUUGGUGGCUCCAGUAACUCAUGGACAGUGGCUCCAGUAACUCAUUGUCAGUUUUGCAGUACAGUGUCUCAUUAAUCAGCACGGUAACAAUUUAUGUCCAAAGUUUGUAACGUCUAUCAUUUUUAUUGUAUGGUUCAGAUAGAAUACAGUAACAUUCAUUUUGAUUGUCCGGAAUACAUGAUAUCUGUGAAAUUGGUCAAAGGUGACAAAGCCCAAAUCAAAGGAAAAGUGAUUGUGUUGUCAAGAUUGUUGUCUAUUGUUUUAUGUCCUAUGUUUGCAUCUAGCUAAUCACAAAGUGCAUUAAGCUAUUGGAAUACAUUGUAAGUAUUCCGUGAAUAGUGCCUGAAAGAAAGCUGAGUUUUAAAGGAUUUUUAUCUACCGUAGUUCUCAUCAACAUUGCUAAUGAUAUUUAUAAGAAAAGCAAAGGAAAUAUCCCAUGAAGAGCUCUUUAAAACAAGAGACAUUCUAUUUGCCAAAGUUUGGUGAAGUUACAUUGCGCACACUUGUGAAACUUAGAGAUGUGGUUCGUUAUAAAAUUAAGGAUAGUGGCCAAAAUUAUCUAUCAUUCUGAUUCUACAGGCUUGACUCCUGUGACAUUGUUCUCCUUGUGGUACUCUCUGGUCACUGCUGUGGUACAUGCUUCCUCUGCCACUAGCACUUUUGUGGGUGAAAAACGUUAAUCUUGUGCAGUGCUAGUGGCAGGGGAAACAAGCACUGCAAUGGCUAGAGAGACAUGCAAAGGGGACCAUGUCAUAAGAUCCAAGCUAUAAUGUAGGCUAUCAUAACAAUUAUUCUAAUUUUGAUGCAAGGAGCUUUCCUUUCAAACAUUUGUGAUGCAAAGAAUGUAGAGCUUGUGUGCUGAUGUUAUUUGCACUUCUCCUAACUCAAAUGAGAGAUCAUAUUGCUGCUUCUUGUAAUUUGCACUCUUUAUGUAUCACAUGUAGUACUGCCAGAAACUGCAUUGAAACCUACAAGUUAACUGGUAACAAUGUAAGAGCAGUGAGUCCUGUAUGAAAAUGAUCAACGGUACAAUCCAGCAAGAAGUCUAGUGUGCAAGUCCCAUUGAAAUGAAUGGAAGUGUAUAAGAGCUUGGUGGGGCUGGGAUGGGGACACUUAAUAGGGGAUUAUGUGCCAAUCCUUUCAGCUGCUUAAUGCUUUUCAGGGCACAUGGGCUUCAGGUUUGUUUAAUAAUGCUGCUGAUUUCUGUGCUAUGAGGAAAAUAGCAGUGAAAUAUACUGUAUGCUUGUGGAUAUCAAUAAAGUGAGAUGUUUUAUUUCUUCCAAAGACUCAAAAUAAAAUUAACUUACAUAA